AUGAAAUCAAUAACUGUGAAUUGUAAAUUUAAAGCAUUGCAGCUAAUAGAGGAUGAUUUGUCUAAUUCAAAUACGAAUUGGAUGUAUGACAACGGUGUUAAAACCGUUAGAUGCUGUCAUAGCAAAACCCAUUUGUUAUUCAAUGUGCUGGAGAAAGACUGCUGCUAUCAUGAAAUCAUGAUUGGAGAUUUACUUGUAUCAUAUAGUUUUCUGAAUGUUGUAUCUUGCUUUGCUAAAAUUUGGAAAUGUUAUUUCAUUGCAGGACCAUUCAAGAUUAAUGGUGUUCCUUUAAGGCGUGUGAACCAAUCCUAUGUCAUUGCUACUUCCACCAAGGUUGACAUCUCAGGUGUUAACGUAGAGAAGUUUGAUGACAAAUACUUUGCCAAGGAAGUAGAGAAGAAAAAGAAGAAGGGCCAGGGAGAGUUUUUUGAAGCUGAAAAAGAGGAUAAGAAGAAACUGCCGGAUGACAAGAAAGAAGACCAGAAAUCAGUUGAUGCCUCUUUAAUAAAGUCCAUUGAGGUAGUCCCAGACUUGAAGGCCUACCUGGCUGCAAGAUUUUCUCUUAAGUCUGGAAUGAAACCUCAUGAGCUUGUCUUCUAGAGGGAAUUUUGCAUUUUGUUAUAUCAUGUGCUUUACUUUGUUAUUCUUUUGGUUUAGAGUAUCAGUGGUUGUAUUAUCAGAUGCCAUAAGGGAAAACCUAAAUUUUGGGAUACUAUCUUUUGUUAUACAAGAACUUCAGUUUUUCCUUAUUUGAUUGUGUUUUGUGCUAGUGUUGUCAAAUUUUAUAUAUGAUGGAAUUGGAUACUUUUUGUUAUCAA